GAUCGGCUUUGUAUUGCAGAGCUCUGACGGCUAGGGUUCGAUGCCAGUCGAUUACUCGAGCAGGACAAUUCUCUCUCUCUCGUGACGUAAAAUCUGGCUAUAACAAUCUGCACUGUACUUGGAACCGAGGACUCUCAGGCUCGCGCGCUCUCACUGAUCACUAAAUUCAACAGUAGCAAAGUAGCGCGGUACACAAUAACUGAAGAUGGGAUUUAGAUCACAAAGACAAAAGAGAGACAACUUUUACAGUCGCCUGGCCAUUGAAUCAAAAAAUGGAAAUGGUAUACUCUCUUGAACAAAAACAUAAUACUGUAGGCUAAAUCUAAAAGUAUUUGGCAAGAAAUCUGCCAAAUUAAGAUAAAUGGUUAAUGCACUCUUAAUGUAUGUCGGUCAGCAAUAAUAUCAUGAACAAUAAUUAAUAAUGUAUUUUAGUAAUUUCCUAGCAAUUGGGAACAGUGUGUGAAACACGUUACGCACCCACCCUGUGACAUUCGAGAUUUGUGAAUGAACGGUGAAGCCCGCGCGUAACGGCGAUGGACACCCGGGACGAGCCUCGCUGCACACCGCGGGAUUGCCUUGCACCAUCGCCACGCAGUUGAGAUAUCACCUCCUCCAAUCUUCAAUAGAUUUGAUGGGACACAGUAUCACCACAAGUAUGUUGUGAGCCUGCACUUGUAAGGACGUUAUUUGGAAAACACUUUUUUCCCCAAGUGAAGCUCAAAGCUAGAGAAAACUACCGCCGGCGCAGUAGUCUAGUGGAUAUGUUUUUAACGUAACAUAAAAUUGUACCGAUGGAAAGUAAGAGUAAUAUUUCACCGUGAUUAACGUCGUGGAUUAACGCGACAAGCUGUAGACUAGUCUAUUAAACGGAGGUCUGGACAUUCUGUGAAGCGCUGACAUGGGGGGCGAGAGAUAGAGAGAGACAUGGCCAGGUAAUGAUGGUAUGAGCUCCGCGCGCACUGCAUGCCCCAACUCAGCCAAACUUCUCCCGACCUGAGUAAUAUGAGCGUUCGUGUGAACAUCAUCCAGGAUGUUUUCUGAUCUGGCUGGCCUCAACUACACCUACAACGUGAGCGACGACCCGUUCAGUUUCCUGGACCGGGAAUGGCGCGACACACCGAAAGAGACUCUGUCCAGGACUGGCUUCAUCGUGCUCUCUGUGUUCCUGGGCUUGAUAAUGAUCUUCGGCUUCCUCAACAACUUCGUCGUACUGCUUCUCUUCUGCAAGUUUAAAACUCUGCGUACUCCGGUCAACAUGCUCCUGCUCAACAUCAGCGUGAGCGACAUGCUGGUGUGCAUGUUCGGCACCACGCUCAGCUUCACCUCCAGUAUCAAGGGAAAGUGGCUCCUGGGCCGCCACGGCUGCUUGUGGUAUGGCUUCAUCAACUCCUGCUUCGGUAUCGUGUCGUUGAUCUCCCUGGUGGUCCUGUCCUACGACCGCUACAGUACCCUGACCGUGUACAACAAGCGUGGUCCCGACUACCGCAAGCCCCUGCUAGCCGUGGGGGGCUCCUGGCUGUACUCCCUGAUCUGGACGGUGCCCCCCCUGCUAGGCUGGAGUAGCUACGACCUGGAAGGGGCCGGCACCAGCUGCUCCGUGUCCUGGACCCUGAGGACAGCUGAGUCCCACGCCUACAUCAUCUGUCUGUUCGUCUUCUGCCUGGGCCUGCCCAUCGUCAUCAUGGUCUACUGCUACUGUCGGCUGCUGUGGGCCAUCAAACAGGUGGGUAAGAUCCGUAAGACUGCGGCGCGGCGGAGAGAGCACCACAUCCUGUUUAUGGUGCUGACCACAGUGGUGUGUUAUAUACUGUGCUGGAUGCCCUAUGGCGUGGUAGCCAUGAUGGCCACAUUCGGCCGGCCUGGCAUCAUCACUCCCGUGGCCGCCGUGGUGCCCUCCCUUCUGGCCAAGAGCAGCACCGUCAUCAACCCCAUCAUCUACAUCCUCAUGAACAAACAGUUCUACAGGUGUUUCCUGAUCCUGUUCCGGUGUGAACGGCGCUCCACGGAGAACGGCCUCUCCUCCAUGCCCUCCAAGACCACCGCCAUCCAGCUCAACCGGCGUGUCUACAGCAACACGGUGGCGUGCACCGCCCGGAUCUCCACUGGUAUCCACAACCAUGGCUGCAGCACCCCGGCCACUGAGCGCAACAACCCUCCCGAGGUCACUUCCUGAGCAGGCACGCCGGGAAGACCAACGGGGAAGAGUGAAUGAUGACCGUUGGAUGAUGAUGAUAAAGUAGCUAGCUAGCUGAGCGGUGCAUUGUGCAAACCAAUAGACCAUCACGACGUGAACGCUCCAAGCCCCAUGCAUAAAACCUCUCGGGGGUCUCUCCUCUGCUCGUGCCCAGCCACUUCGAUUUGUUUACUGAUCGCUGUGUUUACCUGUGCAUGUGAAAUUGCAUGUGAAGUUGUCCAUGUGUGUGCAAGAGAAAGUAAGUUUAUGUGAGUGUAUGGGGGAUGGGGCAGAGGCUGUAAUAUAGUGAGCAUGUGUCCUGCAUGCAUAAGAGGAAGUGUGUGUAUCUUUGUGUAUGUGUGUGCAUGUGUGUGUAUGAAUUCUGUGUCUGCGUAUGAAUUCUGUGUAUGUGUGUGUGUAUGAAUUAUGUGUAUAUAAAUUAUGUGUAUGUGUGUAUGAAUUCUGUGUAUAUGUGUGUGUGUAUGAAUUCUGUGCGUGUGUAUGAAUUGUGUGUGUGUGAAUUAUGUGUGUAUGAAUUGUGUGUGUGUAUGAAGUAUCUGUGUGUGUGUAUGGAUUCUCUGUGUGGGUGUGUAUAACUUCUGUGUGUGUGUGUGUGUGUGUAUUCUGUGUGUGUGUGUGUGUGUGUGUGUAUGUAUGAAUUCUAUGUACUGUAUGUGUGUGAAUUAUGUGUGUGUAUGAAUUGUAUGUGUGUGAGUAUGAAUUGUGUGUGUGUAUGACUUGUGUGUGUGUGUGAAUUAUGCGUGUGUGUGUAUGAAUUAUCUGUGUGUGUGUGUAUGGAUUCUCUGUGUGUGUGUGUGUGUGUGUGUGUGUGUGUGUGUGUGUAUGGAUUCUGUGUAUGUGUGUGUAUGAAUUCUGUGUGUGUGUGUGUGCGUGUGUAUAGAUUCUGUGUAUGUGGGUGUAGGAAUUCUGUGUGUGUGUGUGUGUGUGUGUGUAUGAAUUCUAUGUACUGUAUGUGUGGGUAUGAAUUGUGUGUGUGUGAUUUAUGCGUGUGUGUGUGUAUGCAUUAUGUGUGUGUGUGUGUGUGUGUGUGUGUGUGUAUGGAUUCUCUCUGUGUGUGUGUGUGUGUGUGUGUGUGUGUGUGUGUAUGAAUUCUGUGUGUGUGUGUGUACCAUUUGAUGUCACUCUGCUCUAUUGACAGUCUGCUUGUCUUGGUGUAAAUACCAUCGCUCAACACACUGGCAAACCACAAAACACACAGCACCGCCCAAGUGAAAAGGUGUAUCUCUGUCACAUUUCAACCCCCCUCACACACACACACUCCGACCCCACGCCUCGAACACACACACACACACACACACACACACACACACACACACACACACACACAGAGAGAAUUCACACACACACACACACACACAGAAUUCACACACACACACAGCCAGUGCUUAUCCUACUCCCAGCCUCCGUGCUGUCCAAACUGUGAAGACUGAUGAGAGAGUUUGAGGCUGCGUCUCAAAUUGCACCCUAUUCCCCAAAGUAGUGCACUACAUAAGGCUCUGGAAAGAAGGGGAAUAAGAUGCAGCCACUGACUAAAGUGCAAUAAGCUAUGGAAUAUGCCAGCAGCCUACCACCCUGCAUACCACUGCCAGCUUGCUUCUGAAGCUAAGCAGGGUUGGUCCUGGUCAGUCCCUGGAUGGGAGACCAGAUGCUGCUGGAAGUGGUGUUGGAGGGCCAGUAGGAGGCACUCUUUCCUCUGGUCUAAAAAUAAAUAAAUAUCCCAAUGCCCCAGGGCAGUGAUUGGGGACACUGCCCUGUGUAGGGUGCCGUCUUUCGGAUGGGACGUUAAACGGGUGUCCUGACUCUCUGAGGUCAUUAAAGAUCCCAUGGCACUUAUCGUAAGAGUAGGGGUGUUAACCCCGGUGUCCUGGCUAAAUUCCCAAUCUGGCACUCAAACCAUCAUGGUCACCUAAAAGUCCCCAGUUUACAAUUGGCUCAUUCAUCCCCCUCCUCUCCCCUGUAACUAUUCCCCAGGUUGUUGCUGCAAAUGAGAAUGUGUUCUCAGUCAACAUAACGGUAAAAUAAAUAUAUUAGGUAUAUUAUAUUGGGAUAUCCGGUAAAGGCUACAAAGGCUGAACGUUUAUCAAGAGAACAAAGACUACUUUCUACAGGAGAUAGAUCAGUUCAGCUCAGAAGGAUACUGGUGAUCUUGAACUUUUCUAUUGAGGAACAACAUGGAUUUCAAAUACGGGGAAUGGGACUUUGCCGGACCUGCCAGCAUUUGAUUGGGGAGAAUUGGCUUUCAAUUCAUUAAUUCAUGUGUGACGUUUGCCCCCAUCCUCCACGUCUUGUGCCACCCCCCGCCCCCGUUCAUACAAAGAAAGUGCUGAAUUCAGUCUCUCUGUGUUUCUUGUGUGAUUUGUUGUUUCACUGGUCUACUGAGCAAUCCAAACUGACCUAAUUACCUAAAGAAUAUGUAAUAUCACAUUGCAAUACAACACCACAUCACUGGAAACAAUAACAUCUUUGAGACACCGUUCCCCCCAAAUGGGACUACCGUAUACCUAAACACCCCAAAUCCCACUGCAACACAAAAUACCGCCCUGUAACAGUUAUGCAUGCCUAAUCUAUUCAGAAAUAACUUGUCUUAAGAGGUCGGGAGAAGGGGAGUGUGCGGAGUUACAGCAGAAGACACGUCAACUUCCUGUGGCUAUCAAAAACUCACUGGAGUCUGCAUUACCUACUCCCUCCCCCACACACACACACACCUCUUCCUAUGGUCAUAAUUGCUGUAUCUAGGGAAUAGAAAAUUGCACAUGAUGCCAACCCCCCCACCCUUAUGUCAUUGGCAUGGCGACUGGACCCCGAGGUGACAGGAGGAGUGUAAUAUAAUUACAUUGUUCUGAUGACAACGUUUGAGUGGUGCUAUAGGACGGGUCCUGUAUGGCUUUUUUAUAAUAUUACAAUAAAAUGACUCCAGGCACUCUAUUACACAACAUAGAGAGACUGGCCGCAUCGCAGACUCUCUAACGUUAACAUUAGAACCACAGAGCCGGCUUUAUAGAACACUUGUGUAAGUGUGUGUUUUUGAGUGUGUGCGUAAUGUGUGUAUGCACGUGCACUUGUACGUGUGUAUGUGCGUGUAUGCAUGUGUGUGCAUACAUAAUCUCACCUAUAAACCCAGAGGAGGGUGGGUUGGGCUGGAUGGUCUCCUGGGUGUUGCCCUGGAUCACGUCCCAGAGAUGCCACACAUAUUUGGGGUGUAGGACGUAGAAGGGCUGGGUGGGGUGGAGCCUCCGGUGCUCCACGUAAGGCCUGAACAGGUUAUAGUCUGGACUGGCAUACCACUGUUUGAGAGCACGAGAGAGAGGGGAAAGAGAGUGUGAGGGAGAAAGAUAGA